UUUGAAUUGAUUAUUUAGUACGUAGUAAUUCCCGACAGGGAUAGCUAGCACAGUAGUGAUAUCCUGGCUGUAGAGGUAUGGAUUAAAUUGAUUGGAAUAUGUGAAUUAAUCUGGAUAGGAUAGGUAGUGAAUCCCGGUGUUUCUCCCAGAGCUUUCUCCCAUUGAAUUUUCCUCGACAAGUUUACUUUGCUUAAUUAGUUUAAUUAUUUUGCUAGUAGAUCAUAAUUUCAUCUCUUAAACAUUUUCACAUAUAGUUUGCUCGAAAGAAUUGAUAAAUCAUAAGGUUGUACCAGUCCCUGAGAGACGAUACCCGGACUUUCCGGUUUUACUACAAGAUAGGAAUUGAAGCUAUACGCUUUUGACCUAUCACAUUACCUAUGCAGUGCAGCAGCUUGCUCAGUUUCAAUCAGCUCCAUGUAAUGGACAUUUGCAAGCUGCACACAGGGUGAUCAGGUACCUGAAGCAAACAAUUGGACAGGGACUGAUUUUCAGGACAGAUGCCAAGCUAGAACUGUCUGGAUUUUGUGAUGCUGAUUGGGCAAGUUGCCCAGAUUCAAGGAGAUCUUUGACUGGCUACUGCAUGUUUCUGGGAACCUCGUUGAUUACAUGUCUUCCUCAGAAGCAGAAUACAGAGCCUUAGCUCAAGUAGUCUGCGAAGUUUAGUGGCUUAGAAAUUUACUUUCAGAGAUGGGUGUUAAGGUACCUCUACCAAUCCCUUUGUUCUGUGACAACAAGUCUACAUUGCAUAUUGCUGAAAACCCAGUUUUCCAUGAGCGAACGAAGCACAUUGAAAUCGAUUGCCAUGUUACCAGAAAAAGGCUUAAGUCAGGGUUGAUUAAAUUGCUUCAUGUGAGAACUGAUGAUCAAGUAGCAGAUCUGUUUACCAAGGGGAUGACUCGUUAUAGAUUGAAGUUUCUUCUAGACAAGCUGGGAGUGCACAAUGCUUACUCGCCAGCUUGUGGGGGAGUAUCAACCGAUGAAGAUGAUGAUGCUCUGCAGCAGUGAAGAUGCAGAGGCUUCAGAAGAAAUGAAGAACGAAACGCCACCCAGAAACGGAAACGUUUCUGGGUUCCCUCCACUCAACUUCAACGAAGAGCCGAAGCGACGUCGUUGUGGAGUCUCGGAGUUAACCGUUGAGUGGGUUUUUACUGAGCGAAUGAGUGUGCGCCACCUGGCGUUUUUCUAUUACUUUAACUUUGAAUUUCUGUUUUUCCAUUUCCGUUUUUACGGUUUUGUAUCUUGAAGAACACAUUUCUGGUUUUAAUAUAAAAGGAGCUGCAGAGAGAUCCCUUGCUCUCUUGCGCAUUUCUCCAAUCUGUGUCGCAUUCUUCUUCUUCUUCUUCUUCCGCUAAACCCUAGCACCAGCUAGGUUUCUCAUACGCCCUUGUAACCAUCGUCCAACUUACUCCAAACUCCAAAUCGAGAACGAAACUGCAGACAAAUGAGACGAUCGCCGCCGGGCAAGAUGAGUAUAUGACGAUUGACAAGUGUCUCCCCGUCCGUCGUCCUUUUUCUGACUCGAAUGGGCCUUAAGGGCAAAGGCGUCCUUCGGAUUUUUGAAUCAGUAUUUUGCUGAGAGCAAUUUCGAUAGUGAUUGUCUGGUUUCUUAUUCCUUUUCCCUGGGUGGCCUACUAGCUUCGGUCUCGUGUUACAUUUUGCUAAUUAUAUAUUCACCUAAAAUUUAUCAAUUCACACCCUCUUUUUACGUCAUUGUUUUUUGGGACUUUUUGAAGGUGUUCAGGCUUCUGACGCUAACAUUUUGCAUCAUAAGAUAAGACUUUAUGUUACCCAAUUCACGUAAGUUGACCCGGUGUUCCCGCGCUAAUUCAUAGAAAAGCGAAUUUUUCGUAAAGCGUUCGAAAUUCGCGAUUUUUGUAUCGCUAGAGCGUAAACUCUUGAAUUAAGAGCGCGGAUUCCACCACGAUUGUUAUUGGCGAUGCUGAUAUACUGGCAAGCAGGGGAGAAGACAAAUACUCUCUCCCUCGGACAAACGUUGCGGUUGAGGAUGGUAAAGAAAAGACUAUGGGGGAGAGUAGCUGAGAUUUGAUUCUGACGAUCUCCUUUCAAACACUACUUGCAUCUCUCUACGCCGUCACGACGGAGGAACAGAGGCGGCCGCAUAAAGCUGUUAAGCGGAGAUGAAGCAAUGAAGGAAGCUAAAGAGUUAUGGGGCGGAAGUUGAAGAUAAAAUCGGAGCGUUGGCAGCUAAUUUGGAACAGAUGAGUGAUGACCGACGACAUCAGAGGAAAUCGGGAGCGGAUAAAUCUAGAAUAGGGGU